AGUAUGAUAACUAUGAGUACACAGCGUGCCGUACACGUUACAAUAUCAAUGAGCAGGAGGGUGAAUCCCACCGCCUCGCGUUAGGCGCAUGCGCAUUGAGACGUACUGUUUCGCCAUGGCUGACAGUGGCUGGCCGGGCUGUGCGAAGAGUUUGAAAGGUGUCAUAUUGGACAUGUGUGGCGUUUUAUACGACAGCGGGGAGGGCGACGGGGUUGCCAUUCCCGGCUCUAUUGAAGCUGUGAAAAAGCUAAAGGCGUCCGACCUGCUGCUCCGCUUCUGCACUAAUGAGACCCAGGCCACCAGAGAGACGUUUGUAGCCAAGCUCCAAAGACUGGGCUUUGACAUAUCCGUGUCUGAGGUGUUCUCUCCGGCUCCUGCAGCCGUAGCUGUCCUUAAAGAGAGGGGUCUCCGGCCCCACCUGCUGGUGUAUGAUGGACUUAUCCCUGAGUUUGACAGCGUUGACAAGGCCAACCCAAACUGCGUGGUGAUUGGAGACGCAGCUGAAAAAUUUUCCUACCAGAACCUGAAUGAGGCAUUCAGUGUCCUUAUAGGCUUGGAGAAACCAGUGCUGUUCUCUCUGGGCCAAGGGAGAUACUACAAGGAGACAGAUGGCUUGAAACUGGAUGUCGGGGUUUACAUGAAAGCUCUGGAGUAUGCUUGUGAUUUAAAGGCUGAGGUUAUUGGAAAACCAUCCCCAACAUUCUUCCAGAGUGUUCUCAAUGACAUGGGGCUUCAACCACAUGAGGCACUGAUGAUUGGGGAUGAUCUGGUGAAUGAUGUAGGUGGGGCACAACACUGUGGAAUGAAAGGCGUGCAAGUCAGGACUGGCAAAUACAGGCCCUGUGACGAGAAGCACCCAACGGUGAUGGCUGAUGGCACUGUGGACAACCUGGCCCAGGCUGUGGACAUGAUCCUCAAUCAGAGGCACUGAGUACAAGGCAGCGAACACUGGAAACUCUCCACUUACUGUGACCCUGGGUGAAGCCGGCUGGUAGCCAGUAGUAUUUUCAUACAGCCAAGUGUUGUUUCCGGUGAGAAGGGUGUACUUUAUUAAAGUAAUUCAAGUAACUUUCUCAAAGCAGUACACAACUAAAAUACCAUCCAAACACUGUAUGUCCUGUAACUGACAAAUAUGGGAAACACCCACCCUUCUGGUGCUCCACACAGUGUAAAACAAACUAGAAUGAAAUUACUUCCUAGUACCUAUGUCUACAAGAGAUAGUCUUGAAAACUUUAGAGCUGCACCGUGCAUUUUUCAGUACAUGAUUGGCAUAGAUAAGAUACCUCAAGUUGACAUGAAUGUGCCUGUAACCAGCUGCUGACUGACAGUUAGAAGGGAAAAGUAAUGCUGUGUGUUCAGACUCCCUGCUAGAAUUACACAGUCAAACCCUUUGCAAAGACACUGUACAUGAAGGCAGUUUGUAGUCAAACUGGACACGCAGCAUUGAAAUGUAGCUGUAGUGUAUUUUAACAUACAUUAAUCAAAGUAAGUAGCUUAUUGUAUCUAGGUAAUACUGCUGUCGCUCACUCCUUUUCACACAAAACAUAAAGCAGUGGGGAGUGGUCAGCAGUGCAAGUGUUGUUUAAAUAAAGCUAUUUUACUGGUCUA